AUGGCGGGAGGGCAUUCUGGUUCAAGAGAGCUCGAUCGGACACCGACAUGGGCCGUGGCUCUGGUUUGCGCCGUUAUCGUCAUGAUCUCCAUAGCAUUGGAGAAGGUUCUUCACUCUGUGGCACAUUGGUUUCAAAAAAGAAACAAGAACCACAUGCUGGAAGCCCUUGAGAAGAUCAAGGGAGAGCUUAUGGUUCUGGGGUUUAUUUCCUUGAUUUUGACAUUCGGGCAAAACUACAUCUCCCGCAUCUGUAUUCCCAUAAAGAUUGCAGACACUAUGUUGCCAUGCAAACUGCAUCAUGAUGACCAGAGCCAUGACCACGGGCAAGGCCAUGGCCACGAGCCCCCUGCCGCUGACCAUGGGCGUGGGCGUGGGCCUGGGCCUGGGCAUGAGGCUGAGCAUGAACAUCACAGGAGGCUUCUUUGGAACGAGCAUAGAAUUUUAGCAGCUGAUAGUCCAGCUCCAAUGUGCAAGAACGGUUAUGUGCCACUUAUAUCUAUCCAUGGAUUGCAUCAGCUGCACAUUUUCAUAUUCUUUUUGGCCAUCUUUCAUGUUAUAUACAGUGCCAUAACCAUGAUGCUCGGGAGAAUGAAGAUACGUAGGUGGAAGGAAUGGGAACGUGAAAAUUCUGAGCACAUUACUGAAAUCAAUGAUCCCACAAGAUUCAGGCUUACCCAUGAGACGUCCUUUGUGAGAGAUCAUACAAAUUUCUGGACCACAACGCCUUUCUUAUUUUAUAUUGUCUGCUUCUUUCGGCAAUUCUUCAGGUCUGUUAGCAGAUCUGACUACUUGGCCAUGCGCCACGGCUUCGUGUCUGUUCAUUUAGCGCCUGGAAGUAAGUUUGACUUCCAAAAGUACAUCAAAAGGUCACUGGAAGACGACUUCAAGGUGGUGGUGGGAAUCAGCCCACUACUAUGGACUUUUGCAAUCCUCUUUCUGCUUCUUAAUGUUGACGGAUUGCAGGCUAUGUUUUGGCUGUCCCUGCUGCCUCUGAUUGUUAUCCUAUCAGUUGGAACAAAGCUGCAAGCAAUUAUAACCGAGAUGGCAGUUGAAAUCCAAGAAAGACAUGCUGUAGUCCAAGGCAUUCCUCUUGUGCAAGUCUCUGACAGACAUUUUUGGUUUAGCUGGCCUCAGUUAAUUCUCUAUCUCAUCCAUCUCACACUCUUUCAGAAUGCGUUCGAGUUAACUUAUGUCCUCUGGAUAUGGUAUGAAUUCGGAAUGAAAUCUUGUUUUCAUGAUAGUCUCGUUCUUAUGGCAUCAAGAGUUGCCACUGGGAUAGGAGUACAAAUUUUGUGCAGCUACAUCACACUUCCGUUGUAUGCCCUUGUCACCCAGAUGGGAUCAACUAUGAAGAGAUCUAUCUUUGAUGAUCAAACUUCCAAGGCUCUCAAGAACUGGAAAAAGCAUGCUAUGAAGAAAAAGCAAGAGGGGAAAACAGGAAUGCCCACUCAGACUUUAGGUGGGACCCCACCGGAAUCGCUGGAGAAUUCCCCCAGACAGUCUGAUGCACAUGCCGAUCAGCUGGGAGAUGGAUCAUACCCUAAACAGGUAGCCCAAGUGGACAUUCUCACGGAUUUAGGAUGAAAGAAGUGUUGGAUCAAGCCAGAAAAUUUUGAAGAGUUACGGUCAACUCAGCCACUUACCACACUCAGUUCUCCUUCAGUUUCUCAAAAUCAAAUGUAAAAAGGUUUAUCAACUGUAACAAAGUUUAUGUCUCUAAAUAUUGUGUAAUCUCCUA